AUGCGAAGAGUUGUUAUCCUUUUAACUAUUUUCCAGCUGGAACCGGGUGUUCCCCUUCCAUCUCCCAGCCAGCUGAAGUUCAAAAUACUCAUCAAGAACAAGAGAUUAAAACUGGAAGUGGAAAAAAAACACCUGGAGCUCUUCUACAGAGGCAAGGAAUCAGCCAUUAUUGAAGAAAAUGACCCAAGUGAGGAUGCAGAUUCUCUUGCUGAUCCUCUUGUAGAUGGAGUGAUGCUCCCUCUAGCAUUGGAAAAUGAGGACAAUGAUGACAGCUAUUCAGAGGCUGAAGAUGAUCCGGCAAGGCCCCCCAAGAAGAAAGAUGGGCGUGGCGGUGUGUAUGAUAAUGAUGCCCACCCAGAAGACAAGAUCCGUAAGAAUAGUGGCUCUCUCAGUAAUGGCGACACAGCUCCAGAUCCAGUGGAGAUCGAAAAGAAGACCAACAUGAAAAUCAUAGGGAAGAAGGAGUCAGAUCCCUUCAUGCUAGUACAGGAAAACAACAACCAGCAUGCUGACAGUAGGAGGGCACGCCCCAGUACUAAGUCUAGAUCUAAGCAGCGGAGAAAGUCCGAAGACAGUAUGAACAGAGUAAGCAACAGUCCUGAGCUUCCUGAUGUAGAAGAUGAAAAUGGUAGUUUGACAGCGGAUGAAGAGGCAGCAUUGAUGAUGUCAUAUACUUACACUGGUGCCACCACCAACAUCCACCCUUUGCUUUCUUCCUUUGUGAAUUACGCACAACCAGUGAAAUUUCAAGGCUUCGACGUAGCGGAAGAGAAAAAUAUUCACUUCCACAUGUCCUCCUUCAAUGAAAACACAGCACUGGGUCUUUUGAGGAAUUCGUGUUAUGAGUUGUGUGAUUAUAACAAGAGACAGAUGAGCAGGAUAUAUCCUAGGGGAGGCAGAGUGGACUCCAGUAACUACAUGCCACAGAUCUUCUGGAAUGCAGGCUGUCAGAUGGUUGCUCUGAACUUCCAGACCCCAGACCUGGCCAUUCAGCUGAACCAGGGCAAGUUUGAGUACAAUGGCAACUGUGGUUAUCUCUUAAAGCCAGAUUUCAUGCGACGUCCAGACAGAACAUUUGAUCCAUUUUCAGAAAGUCCUGUUGAUGGAGUGAUAGCUGCACACUGCUCAGUUACAGUGAUAUCUGGACAGUUCUUAUCAGACAGGAAGAUAGGGACGUAUGUAGAAGUGGACAUGUAUGGGCUUCCCACAGACACAAUAAGGAAAGAGUACAGGACAAGGGUUGUACCUAAUAAUGGACUGAAUCCAGUCUAUAAUGAAGAGCCGUUUGUGUUCAGAAAAGUUGUUCUUCCAGAAUUGGCUAUACUAAGAAUAGCAGUGUUUGAGGAGACUGGAAAACUGAUAGGUCAGAGAAUUCUGCCUCUGGAUGGGUUGCAGGCAGGAUACAGACAUGUGUCACUGAGGACAGAAGGCAAUUUCCCACUGUCUCUCCCCACUGUGUUCUGCAGGUUUAUACUGAAGACAUAUGUACCUGAGGGAUUUGGAGAAUUUGUGGACAGACUAGCAGCCCCUAUGCAGUUUCAGUCAGAGGAAGAGAAGCGUGCCAAGCAGUUACAGGACAUGGGGAUUGACGAAAAAGACAUUAGUGAUGUUCCAGGACCUACAUCUGUCGCUAAAACUCGGGCUAAAGAAGUGGAGAAAGCCAGCAGACCUGAGGAGACGAAGCGCCAGAACAGCGCGCCCCCUUCCUCUCCAAUCAUGCCUCAGCCUUCCUUAUCAUUCAGUGCAUCUAAGAAAGGACUACAGGAAGAAAAGAAAAAUCUUGGUUUUGAGCCCAUUACAACAGAUUCAUUGCGCCAGGAAAAGGCGUAUGUAAAACUACUGAAGAAGGAGCAAAAAGAACUAGAAAUGCUUAAGAAAAAGCAUCAAAAAGACAAAAGUAUCAUGCAAAAACAACACUGUACUGUGGUAGAUAAACUGAUAGCUAACCAAACAAAGGAAAAAGUUGCUCAGGAAAGGGUGCUGGAGAAGGCCAUUAAAAAGAAAGGGGAAAAUGAAUGUGAUGAUCUCAAACAGAUGACUGAGGGCCGAGUGCAAACUCUAGUGAGCACACAUAAGGCACAAGUGCGUGAGGUUGUGAUGGAGCAGACACGGGAGUGGUCAGACAUGGUGUUACGGCACGUGCAGGAAGAACACGAGCUGAGGAAGAACCACAUCGUGGAGCAGUGCGAUCUGCUGAAGAGACUGAUGGAGGAGGUCCAGGAGGGCCAGAUGAAAGAACUGGAGGCCAGGCAGGAAAGGGAAACCAAAGAAUUGAAGUCCAACCAAGCCAAGCAGUCCAUGGAAGGGACACAGAAUUUACAAAAGGACAAAUCUAUCAAGAAUAAAGCUGAGAAAGAAAGGAGGAUACGAGAGCAAAAUGACAUCAACAUGAAGAAAUUUUACGAUGAGAGAAAGCGCCUCGCCAUGCUCCACUCAAGACAGGUAGACCAGGUGAAGAAGAUCCAUGCCCAGCAGAUUGAACAGCUUAUCAAGGAUAAUGACAAGGAAAAAGAAAUGGCAGAAAUGGUGUAUGAAGAGGCAAAAAUGGCUUCCAGGCCUGAAACAGUUUGCUAAAGCAACACUGAUACUGUCUGCCAACAAGGAGAUGUGAAUCUAGUCUUCAGUCAUUACAGAGGAAAACAGUUCGGUUUGAAAGUGAAAGCAACAUGAAGCCUGUGUAUAUCUGCCAGUCUGAAGGACAACAACUCACAGAAUGAACAGAACCAUGGCUCAUUAUUUAAGAGAAAAAUUUUAGUGCUGAAAUGACAUCAAGAUGACAUAUGUGACUCUCUGUGAGAAAAAAAAAAAAA